GGUGUAGCACCAAACGCAACUGCUAUGGCACACCCCUGCAUAACUGCAUUUUUGUAAUAGAAGCCAUUGUCGUGGUGUAAGCAAUAAAGCAACUGCAAUUCGCAUAGCCAAAGGAAAAAGCAGAAGAAAUUAUUAGAAAUAAACUUCCACAACCACUUCGCUGUUCUGCUCUGCAAUCAUGGACUUUAUUUCUCUGUUCUUCCCUUUUUUCCUAGUGAAGCUUGUCCUCAAAUUAAAGUAUCCAAAUUCCCCCAUCAUCACGCGUCUCUUCCAAGCAACCUUCCACCACUACCACCCUUAAUCCAUUCCAUUCCUCUUUCUCUCUCUAUUUAUUUCAUCCCAAAUCCCCAAAUACAAAUCAUGAAUCUUUCGUCGUUUUAUCACCCCCCAGAACCCAAAACCCACAAUUUCAAUUCUGGGCAUUCAAAUUAGCCACUAAAGUUUCAAUUUUGAAUUCUGGGUAUUCAGUUUCCGGCCAUGCCACCUCAAAUGCAGCCCUUCGCCGAUUUCCUCCGCGCUCCGCCGGCGGCGGCGGCGGCGAAGCCCAUCGUGAAGAAAACGCUAAUAGUAGAAGAAUCUUCAUUAGACAACCCGGAUCUGGGCCCAUUCCUUCUGAAAAUGGCCCGAGAAACAAUAGCUUCGGGUGAAAGCCCGGUAAAGGCCCUAGACUUGGCAAUUCGGGCCUCAAAGUCCUUCGAGCGGUGUGCAGGUCCGGGCCUGGAACUUGCCACGUGUCUCCACGUGGUUGCUGCGAUCUACAGCAGUUUGGGGCGGUUGGAUGAGGCGGUUGAGGCCUUGGAACGGUCCAUUUUGUUGCUGGAUAGCGAAACCGGGUCGGGUCAUAUCAUGGCCCAGUUUUCCGGGUACAUGCAACUUGGGGAUACUUAUUCCAUGAUUGGACAGUUGGAUAGAUCCAUUAAGUGUUACGAGUCGGGUUUGAAGAUCCAAAUGGAUGUGUUGGGUGAGUCCGACCCGAGAGUUGCUGAGACUUGUAGGUACCUAGCUGAAGCUCAUGUUCAAGCCAUGCAAUUUGACCAGGCAGAGAACUUCUGCAAGAAGACCCUUGAAAUUCACAGGGAGCAUUGCUCUCCUGCUUCCCUUACCGAAGCAGCCGACAGGCGUCUAAUGGCCCUUAUAUGCGAGGCAAAGGGAGAUUAUGAACUGGCACUUGAGCACCUUGUCCUAGCUAGCAUGUCAAUGAUAGCAAAUGCACAAGAUAACGAGGUUGCAGCUAUUGAUGUUAGCAUUGGAGACAUUUACUUGUCACUCUGUCGUUUUGAUGAGGCUGUUUUCGCCUAUCAGAAAGCACUAACAGUGUUCAAAUCCACCAAAGGUGAAAGCCACAGUUGUGUGGCAUUAGUGUACAUUCGCCUUGCUGACCUUUACUACAGGACAGGAAAAUUAAGAGAGUCAAAAUCGUAUUGCGAAAAUGCCUUAAGAAUAUACAGCAAGCCUGUGGCUGGAACAACCGCCGGGGAGAUUGCGAGUGGUUUGACCGAAAUCUCUGCCAUCUAUGAAGCUCUAAACGAGCCUGAAGAGGCGCUGAAGCUGCUACAGAAGGCGGUGAAGUUGUUGGAGGAUAUCCCUGGACAAUAUAGGACAGUAGCAGGAAUAGAAGCCCAAAUGGGAGUGAUGUUCUACAUGGUUGGGAAGUAUAUGGAUGCUUGGAAGUCUUUUGAGAAUGCUAUCACCAAGCUGAGAGCAAGCGGGGAGAAGAAAUCUGCCUUUUUUGGAGUUGUAUUGAACCAGAUGGGGCUGGCAUGUGUGCAACUGUACAAAAUAGGGGAUGCUGCCAAACAUUUUGAAGAAGCGAAAGAGAUAUUGGAGAGAGAGUGUGGAACAUAUCAUUCUGACACUCUUGGGGUGUACAGCAAUCUUGCAGCAACUUAUGAUGCCUUGGGGAGAGUUGAGGAUGCCAUUGAGAUAUUAGAAUACAUACUAAAGAUGAGGGAAGAAAAACUUGGAACUGCAAAUCCAGAUGUUGAUGAUGAAAAGAAACGGCUGUUUGAGCUUUUGAAAGAAGCAGGAAGAGUUCGGAAUAGAAAGGGGAAAAAAUCACUUGAAAACCUUAUAGAUUCCAAUUCCUUAAAGAUGAAGAAGGAAGGAAAAAAGAGAUGGGCUGCUUUUGGCUUGAGAACUUAAAACAAGUCUUGUUCUCUUUUACUUUAACGAAAAAAGAUACUCCCUUAUGGUAUAUUUUUAAGAGUAAUGAUAGUUUCACAUAAUUUUUUUUCACUUGAUAAUUUAAUUUGGAUUAAAAAAAGAGGAAAGAGAAGAAAGGAAAUGACUACUGGUGAUUAAUAUUUUGAGAAUUCUGUGAAUGAAAGUCAUGUAAAAGUGAUAUAUAGUACAAUUUUGUCUUUUA